AUGGCUAAAAUCGAGCCGGGCAACGGACUCGUCUCGCGGGACAGCAAAGCUGAGCUGAGAGAUAACGGGACCAGCUCGCACGGAUCCGACCCCGAGACGAACGGCGGUGUCCCCGGGGACAAGCAGGCGGACAAGUACGGCUUCACGGGAGGGGCCCAGCAGCUGCGUGGAGAGUCUGCUGUGCAAAUCCCCACUGAGGUGCUGAGGCAACGGGAGGCAAAAUGGCUGGAGAUGCUCAACAGCUGGGACAAGUGGAUGGCCAAAAAACACAAGAAGGUGAAAGAGCGCUGUCAGAAGGGCGUCCCUCCAUCCCUGCGCGGCCGGGCCUGGCUCUACCUCACCGGGGGCAAAGUGAGAAGGGAGCAAAACCAGGGCAAAUUCCAGGCCCUGGACAAUCAGCCAGGAGAUCCUAAGUGGGUCGAUAUUAUUGAGAGGGACCUCCAUCGACAAUUCCCCUUCCAUGAAAUGUUCGCAGCGAGAGGAGGUCACGGGCAGCAAGACCUGCUCCGUGUGUUGAAGGCUUAUACGCUGCAUCGCCCCGAAGAGGGUUACUGUCAGGCUCAGGCUCCCAUUGCUGCUGUACUCCUGAUGCACAUGCCGGCAGAGGAUGCAUUCUGGGUUCUUGUCCAGAUUUGUGAGAAGUAUCUUCCUGGAUACUACAGUACAGGGCUGGAGGCGAUCCAGCUGGACGGGGAGAUCCUGUACGCUCUGCUGAGGCGCGUGUCUCCCGCGGCCCACCGUCACCUGAAGAAGCACAAGCUGGAGCCCAUCCUGUACAUGACCGAGUGGUUCAUGUGCGCCUUCUCUCGGACUCUGCCGUGGGCCUCGGUGCUUCGCGUGUGGGACAUGUUCCUCUGUGAGGGAGUAAAAAUCAUCUUUCGUGUGGGCCUGGUUCUCUUAAAAUCCAUGCUGGGAUCCCAAGAGAAACUGAAGGCCUGUCAAGGUCUCUACGAAACGAUGGAGCUGCUCCGAGCUGUACGGCCACAGUACAUGCAGGAAGCCUUUCUGGUGCACGAGAUUAUCGAGUUAGAGGUGUCUGAGAAAGACAUUGAACGGGAACACCACGCUCAGCUGCGUCGCUGGAAGGAGACUCACGGAGAUCUGCACUGCAAGUCCCCUCCCAGGAUGCACGGCGCGAAGGCCAUCAUGGCUGCCGAGCCCCCCAGUCGGCAGGACCUGAGACAGAUGCCCACCAUUAUUGUGGAGUCUUCAUUGGCCCCCCAGACAGGUGGGCAGAGAGCAGAGGGCGCCGAGGAGAAUGGAGGGACUAAAGCAGAGAAACCGAAAGCGGUUGUUCCGCCGCAGGAGACUGUUAAUUCUUACCUUCCUCCCGGUGACCCCUCACCUCUCGUUAAACCCGCGGCUGUACGAGGGUCCAAGGAGAGUCUGGGGAGUGCAGAGCAUGACACAUACCUUUAGCAGGGUAAGGGUCAGCAAUUUACUGACAUAAAACAUUCUACACAGCCUUUACUAACUUACUCAUUACUGUGUUCAAAGACCAACCUUCAUGGGACUGAGGGUCUGUGGUAGUCCAGAUAUCUUUUAGUAAAAUAGCUAUUUUUAAAAUCAGGAAAAGAAGGAACUACAUGAAAAAAUGCCAGUGCUCCGAUGCUGCUAAUCUGCCUGAAUGGUUUAGCAUGAAAGCACAUGGAACUCCUAAAUGACUGAACAUGUGGUGAUAUACACUCGCUAACUCACUGUUAACAGCUGCUGCUGAUUACCUCUUACUCUUUAAAUUGACUUUUUGUUUCUUUCCAUUGGUUAUCAAUUCUUUCAGAUUUUGUCUCUGUUGACGAGGACAUUUCUAGAGCACUUUACCUUUUUUUUUUUUAUGAUCUUCCGCUUAUCUCUUACAUGUUAGCCGUUACAACGCCAGAGCUUCGUGUUAUCGGAGCGUCUCUCUUGACUUUUGAGCUGCGUCCAGCCGCUUGUCUCCGCUGGUUUCCAACACUUGAGGGCGCCGUGAGAUUGUCUCACAGUCGCAGCAGCAGCAGCGGGAGACCUUGCUGCGAGCGCAAAAACUGACUCAAUGAAGGAAGAAGUGUGAAGGAACCUUUUGUGCCACUAAGCCAAAGAAUUGUAACGCAUAUUUUCACCAUAGAUUUUGUUGUUUGCCGUUCAAUCAUAAUGUGAUGCCGCACACGAUUUAGAGAGGAUCGUGUUUAUAUUUAUGUUGUGAAUGAGAAACUAUAAAAUGCCAUUCUGAAGAACGUUAUUUCAAAGCUGAUUUUCUUUUUCUUACUUUCCUUUGUUUGUGGGUCCUUUGACUUGAAGAUAUCUAUUUUUACUACAGAAGACAAAUAAAGCAUUGUGAGUUUAAAAAAAAAUAGAAUCUUAAACUUAAAAAUCUCACUGAAAUGUGCCGCAAAGCCUGUUGUGGAAAAAGCGACCUCAUAUAAGUUACUGAAAAAGAACAGAUGAAGAAGUACAGUUAUUAUUACUUUAUCAGUGUUUUUCUACUGGCAUUGUUUAGCUCAAAUAAUUAACUUCACUACCUUUGUGUGUAGAUAAUAAACUAAUCAAAAAAUGUGUGGCGACAAAAGAGAUGAAAAGUCAAAGGACCCACAAAUCUUCGAUAAUCUACCAAACAGUGUGUGAUGAUGAUGAUAAUAAUUGUAUGUUUCAAUUAAGAAAUCGAUCGACAUUUGUCUCCCUGUCCAGAGAAUCCCUUUCCCAACAGUAUCGUGUGUAUCUGCUCCUCUCUGAUGGAACAUCGCUGUGGGCGCAGGUCACAUUUUGAAAGCGGUGGAGCUUCUUUUGAGUAUCUGCUACGGGUUCCCUUUCUUUCUUUUCGGACCUACUGUUUACCGUCUUUUGAAGCUUUUAGAUGACGCAUGCAUUAAUAUGUAGCAAGAACACAUAUCACAUUGAACCAACACGCCACUGGGCUUCAUCCAGGGAUUAAAAUCAGUCGUUAUCCGUCAUGCUGUAGGAUACAGGACUGCAGAAUGUAGGUGGGCUUCUAAAAUACUGUGUUUUCUUCUUCUUUUUCUUCCUACAUUUUGUUUCAGUAUCAAAAAUCUUAAUCAGGGAUGUUGAAGAGCUCCUUAUUCCUAAUCAUUGCGACUAUAAAGAUUAAAGAGGACGUUCUUUAAGCCUCGGACUUGUGAAUGUGCAACAUUCCCUGCUGUUUUCAUCAGCAUGUAGGACUUUAUUAUGGAUCUGCUUGCGUAGUUGAUUUUCAUAUCAAGCUGUUUUAUGCCAUAUUACAUUUCAAUCAAUCAAUAAAAGUUUUAUCUCCCAUCUUA